GAUACACAUAGAAAUAUUAGAACGUUACAAAAAAGAAUUUAUUAGGCAAGUGUAGCCCGUGCCUCCCUUCCUCUUUCUUUAGUUGUGAAACAAAACCCUAAAUGGGGUUCAAUUCGCCGCCAGAUUGAUCCUCUUCCUUAUUAAAUAAACCUGUGAUCCUCUGUCUCACUCUCAGUGUUCUUGCACAAACUCUACACCAAUACCAUUUCACUCUCUCUCAGAGGCAGGCACCUUGGUUUUUUCCUUUCUUUUAAUCACAAUUAAUGUAAUAUUGCACAUUUAUUUGAGAUUCAAUGAAGGACAAUGGAUAAAACUCGUUUGAUUUACGGUUACUCAACCUACGCUGAAAUUGUUAUCUGUGGCUAUUGAGUUUGUGAAGAAUCAUGUUGUCUGAAUUGGGUAGAAGGCCGACGAUUGGAAAUAAUGAAAAUUCAUUUGGAGAUGAGUUUGAGAAGGAGAUAGGUUUCUUGCUCCGUGAACAGCGGAGGCAAGAGGCCGAUGAUCUUGAGAAGGAGCUGAAUUUGUAUAGGAGUGGAUCGGCUCCACCUACUGUGGAUGGUUCAUUGAGUGCAGUUGGUGGCUUGUUCAACCAUGGUGGUGCUGCGGGUGGCCCGGCUUUUGCUGAUUUCGCGGAAAGCAGUGGCAAUGGGUUCAUGUCCGAGGAGGAGCUUAGGUCUGAUCCCGCUUACUUAUCUUAUUAUUACUCAAAUGUCAAUUUGAACCCGAGGCUGCCACCACCUCUGAUCUCGAGGGAGGAUUGGCGAUUUGCUCAGAGGUUUCAAGGAGGGAGUUCUGCAAUUGGUGACAGGAGGAAGGUCAAUAGGGAUGAUAGUGGCAAUGGUGGGAGAUCCAUGUUUCCAUCGCAACCUAGUUUCAACUCUAACAAGCAGGAGAGUGAGGACAUGGACAGACUGCAGGGUCAUGUGGAGUGGGGCGGUGAUGGACUUAUUGGAUUGCCUGGAUUAGGACUAGGUGGCAAGCAAAAGAGUCUUGUAGAGAUAUUUAAGGACGACUUUAACCGUGCUACUCCGGAUUCUACACACCCUUCAAGACCGGCCAGCAGAAAUGCUUUUGAUGAGAAUGCCAAUGCUUUGAGCUCAGCAGAAGCUGAGCUCGCUCAUCUGUAUGGAGAUUUUACAUCCUCAGACCCAUUACUCUCAGCUUCAAAUAUGCACAAUUCAACAGGUGCUCAGCAUGCUGGAGGACCUACUUCAUAUUCUUAUGCUGCUGCUUUGGGUGCAUCCUUGUCAAGAAGCUCAACACCAGAUCCUCAACGAACUGCAAGAGCUCCCAGCCCUUGCCCGACUCCUAUUGGUGGAGGCAGGGUCGGAAAUUCAGAAAAAAGAAGCAUAAAUAAUGCCAGCUCCUUUGGUGGGGUAUCUUCUCACUCAAAGGACACUGCUGAUCUGGUUGCUGCCUUAUCAGGAGUGAACCUCUCGAAUGGCAUUAUGGAUGAGGAGCAUCAUUUAUCUUCUCAUAAUGAGCCUAAUCCGGAUGGUCAUAAAAAUUAUCUUUUUAAUAUGCAGGGAGGCCAAAAUAAUGUUAGACAGCAUAUGUAUAAGAAAAAACAUGAAUUUGGGCAGUCAAAUAUGUCUUCUGCUCCUCAACCAGCAAACUUAAGCACCUCUGAUUCUCUUCUAAGCAACGGUUAUGUGUCGCAUCUCACUAGUAAUGCUUAUCUUCAAGCUGAGCUUCAGAAAAAUGGUGUUCAUUCGAAUCACUCAUACAGGAAAGGAUCUUCUAAUGCUGCAGUAAAUGGUGGAGGUGGCAUACUUCCUCAGUAUCAGCAUUUGGAUAGUCCCAAUUCAUCCUUCUCAAAUUAUGGAAGUGGCUAUCCUAUGAGUCCAAUAUCUGGUAACCUUGGGAGCCCCAAUUUGCCUCCACUGUUCGAGAAUGCUGCUGCUGCAUCUGCUAUGGCUGCAUCUGGAAUGGAUUCCAGAAUGUUGGGAGGAUCAAAUACUGUGCCGGAGCUGAACCUGAGCAGAAUAGGCAAUCAGAUGACUGGGAAUGUGCUGCAGGCACCUUUUAUUGACCCUUUGUAUCUCCAGUACUUGAGGACUGCUGAAUACUCUGCAGCACAAGUUGCAGCUCUUAAUGAUCAAUCUGUCGAUAGGAACUAUUUGGGUGAUUCAUACUUGGACCUGCUGCAGAAGGCCUAUCUCGGAAAUUUGUUACCCGCUCAGAAUUCAGAGUAUGGUGUUCCCUUGGGUGGCAAAACUGGUGUAUCUAGUCCUCAUGGUUACUAUGGAAAUCCUGCUUUUGGGCUUGGAUUGUCAUAUCCUGGCAGUCCCUUGGCAAGCCCAGUAAUUCCCAAUGCAGCUGGAGGACCUGGCAGCCCCAUCAGGCAUGGAGACUUCAGUAUGAGAUACCCUGGCGGGCUGAGAAAUGCAGCUGGGAGUAUUAUUGGACCCUGGCAUUUGGACCCUAGCUUCAGUUCUUCUUUACUGGAAGAGUUCAAGAGCAAUAAAGCCAGAUGCUUUGAGCUUUCUGAGAUCACUGGUCACGUUGUUGAGUUCAGCGCUGAUCAAUACGGGAGCCGAUUCAUUCAACAAAAGCUUGAAACUGCCACAACAGAAGAGAAGUGCAUGGUUUUCGAGGAAAUUUUUCCUCAAGCUCUUACACUAAUUACUGAUGUGUUUGGCAAUUAUGUAGUCCAAAAGUUUUUUGAACAUGGCAUGCCAUCUCAAAGAAGAGAAUUAGCCAGCAAGCUUUUUGGACAUGUACUGACCCUAAGCCUCCAGAUGUAUGGUUGCCGAGUGAUACAGAAGGCAAUAGAAGUUAUAGAUGUUGAUCAGAAAAUCAAAAUGGUUGAAGAGCUGGAUGGGAAUGUCAUGCGAUGUGUUCGUGAUCAAAAUGGAAAUCACGUCAUUCAGAAGUGCAUUGAGUGUGUCCCUGAGGAGCAUAUUCAGUUUGUUGUGUCAACAUUUUUUGACCAAGUUGUGACUCUCUCUACUCAUCCAUAUGGCUGUCGUGUGAUCCAGAGAGUUCUCGAGCACUGUAAGGAUGAAAAAACCCAGAUGAAAGUGAUGGAAGAGAUUAUGGGGUCUGUAAGCAUGCUAGCACAGGAUCAGUAUGGGAAUUAUGUUGUUCAGCAUGUACUGGAGCAUGGGAAGCCACAUGAGCGAACAACCAUAAUUCAGGAAUUAGCUGGAAAGAUAGUUCAGAUGAGCCAGCAGAAAUUUGCAUCAAAUGUUGUUGAGAAAUGCUUGACUUUUGGUGACCCAAGCGAACGCCAGUUACUGGUGACUGAGAUGCUUGGAACAACUGAUGAAAAUGAACCUCUUCAGGCUAUGAUGAAAGAUCAGUUUGCAAACUAUGUCGUACAGAAAGUGCUUGAGACAUGUAGCGAUCAAGAGCGUGAACUGAUCAUGUGUAGAAUUAAGGUCCAUCUGAAUGCACUGAAGAAGUACACCUAUGGGAAGCAUAUAGUAGCUCGUGUAGAGAAACUUGUUGCCGCUGGGGAGAGGAGAAUCGCUGCUGCUGCCGCUGCUCAGAACCCUAAUGCUGUGUAGACGUGCUGUAGGAAAGAAGUUGUACAGCUAACUCAGCCUAGUUUGGCUAGUCGUGGUUUCUCCCCCCUAUCGUGUGUUGCUCUCUGCUCAUACACAUCUUUCGGGUAUGAGCUUAAUUGCAAAUAAAAAAGUUACCUGUACUGGAAAAUAUGUACAUUGUGUAGUGCUAAGUUUAUACGUAGAGUGUAGUUUAGCUGAGAGGCGCAAGGGACGGGUGACCCCGUUGCCCGUCCAUGAGGUGAUAAAAAUGACUAUACAAAAUGCUGAGGUUGUAAUAUAGAGGUAAAUUUCCAAAUGUUAAGUUAUGACUGACUGUACAUUUGAUGAGCUGCUUUUCUAGUUAUGUAUGGUAAUUUAACACUUUUUCUUA